AGAGAGAGAGAGAGAGAGAGAGAGGCGAGAUCUAGGGAGGGAGCGGAGGGGAGAGAGAGAGAGUAGUGAAAGAGAAAGAGAGGGAGGGAGUCUGAGAAGAAGACAGAAAGGCAGGCACGUCAGACAGACGGUUUUAACUCCAUCUCCUAUUCAUAUUCACGUGCAUUUAUUUACAGUUGGUUUAACAGUUGAUGUCUUUAUUUUUACUCGUGUGCAUGCGAGGUGCUGGGCGUACAUUUUAACAGAAGAAAAGCCCAAACCAUGCACAGAAGAUGAUUUCUGCUAAGAAAACUCUUGAAAGCAUGCACCCGCUGCACUCCCUGGUGUGGAGUAACAGACACCGACAGCUUGAGAAGCUCCUGGCCGCUGCAGAGCAGGUGGAUAUCGAGACUCUGGACCCCCGUGGACGCACGCCGCUGCACCUCGCCGUCACGCUAGGACACGUGGACUGUGCACACGUGUUACUGAAGCACGGAGCAGACGUGGGCAAAGAGAACAGGAAUGGCUGGACAGUUCUACAGGAAGCGGUCAGUACGCGGGACCCUGAGUUGGUGAGGCUGGUCCUGCAUUACCGUGACUACCACCGAGCGGUCAAGCGGCUGGCGGGGAUCCCCCUGCUACUGGAGAAGCUGCGGCAGGCACAGGAUUUUUAUAUUGAGAUGAAGUGGGAGUUCACCAGCUGGGUGCCCCUGGUGUCGAAGGUCUGCCCCAGCGACACCUACCGGGUCUGGAAGAGCGGGCAGAACCUGCGGGUCGAUACCACCUUGCUGGGCUUCGAUCACAUGACCUGGCAGCGAGGGAACCGCAGCUUCAUCUUUCGGGGACAAGACACCAGUGCCGUGGUGAUGGAGGUGGAUCACGACAGGCAGCUGGUGUACUCCGAAGCGCUGUCUCUGCCCGAGCACGACCGCGAGGCUCUGCUGGGGGCCGUCCAGCCGUCCGUGGAGCAGGUGACCAACCGACUGACCGCCCCUGUGGUCACCACGCAGCUGGACACCAAGAACAUCUCCUUUGAGAGGAAUAAAACGGGAAUUCUCGGUUGGAGGAGCGAGAAGACGGAGGUGGUGAACGGAUACGAAGCCAAGGUGUACGGCGCCUCCAAUGUUGAGCUGAUCACUCGAACACGCACAGAACACCUCGCAGAUCAACACAAGAACAAAAGCAAAGGCAGCAAAACGGCACUUCAGUCCUUCCUGGGCAUCGCAGAACAGCACAUGGGACCCAACAAUGGGAUGCUGAUCACACAGACUUCAUGCAGCCACACCAACCCCACGGCCAUCACAGCCGAGGAGUACUUCAACCCCGCGUUCGAGCUCGGGGCGCGGGACAUCGGGCACCCCAUGGAGCUCACCACCAAGACGCAGAGGUUCAAGGCGAAGCUGUGGCUGUGUGAGGAUCACCCCCUGUCCCUCUCGGAGCAGGUCACCCCCAUCAUCGACCUCAUGGCGAUCAGCAACGCGCUCUUCGCUAAGCUGCGUGACUUCAUCACCCUGCGCCUCCCCCCGGGCUUCCCGGUCAAGAUUGAGAUCCCAAUCUACCACAUCCUGAACGCCCGCAUCACCUUCGGGAAUCUGAACGGGUGUGAUGAGCCGGUGUCCUCGGUGCGGAGCAGCCCCAGCGGAGAGGCCCCCUCCCCGGGCAGCGACUCCUCCAGCGUCAGCAGCUCCAGUUCCAUGACCUCGUGUCGCGGGUGCGAGAUCCCGGCCUCGCUCUUCGAGGUCCCCGGUGGGUACAGCGUGCUCGGCAGUCACCAUGACAACCUGCGCGAGGAAGAGGAGGACCUGCUGCAGUUCGCCAUCCAGCAGAGUCUCGUGGAGGCGGGCAGCGAGUACGACCAGGUGACGGUUUGGGAGGCGCUGACCAACAGCAAGCCCGGCACUCGCCCCCUGUCAUGUGACGGCAGCCGCCUCGAAAGCACUCCCCGGCACAGGCCACACCCACUGGCCAGCCCCCAGAGCACCUCGACCAACCGGACCCUGCGGAGCUAUGACGAGCAGCUGCGCCUGGCCAUGGAGCUGUCGGCGCGCGAGCAAGAAGAGGCGGAGCAACGGCAGAGGCAGGAAGAGGAGGAGCUAGAGCGCAUCAUCCAGCUGUCCCUCAUGGAGAAAUAGCAGUGAUUGGUCUCUGUCUGGGCAGAGGGGAGUGGGAGGGGGCUAGAAACAAGGGUUCAAGAUAUGGAGACCGUCUCUUCCAAUUGGGGUAACAAAGACUCCUGAACCCUAUCCCUAACCAAGUGCUGUUUCAUGACUAAACAUCUGGCAGCGCUCCAUUCAAGUGGCUGUGUCUUAGCAAGGACCUGCCCUGACCAUCAUGACAGGGACGGUGGCUCCCUUUUUGCACUUCAGGAAAUUUGACGCAAAGUGUCGCUGCGGGGAAAAAGCAAUACAGACGCUUGACUGGAAACUGAAUGGAAUCCUGCGUUCAUUUUAGUCAUGGGAAGUCAUGGAACAAAAGGCAGAGAAAUCAGGGGAACCAGAAGCCAUCCAGCCCUGACCACUCAGACAGACCGACAGACAGCGCUAGUGAACCCACUGGGGUUUUAUUACAAGGACACUGACCCCCACGGCCGUGGGGGGAACAAAAGGGUCCCAAAAAAAAAUCAAUUCAAUUCAGAAAUAAUUGUGUGCUUAAGUUCCUGGAUCGAGGUUGAAUCGGUUCAAUUAAACCUGGACUGUCAAAACCUCUUCUAGGCUUUAUCAAUACUGUAUCAGAAAUAUACCUACUAUACAGCAUUCUGUUAUUUCUGUCUGAUGUCACUCUCUUUGUUUUCGGUAGGGUAUUUGAUGGCACCCAUCUCUUACACUACUCUUAAAAUGCAUCUUAGGUAGGUUAAGACUACCCUUGAUACACAAUGUGCCGAAUUUAGACUCUUCCCCCUCCCCUCCCCAAAACCAGAACAGAGAAAUUCUGGACAGUUUUAAACUGGUUUAGAUAGCCCCCCCCUAACCCCUCCUCAGGGCUGCUUUACAGUGUCCCAGUGAUCUCCUAAACAAUUUAUUAAAAUCUGCCUCGGAUAUAUUGACUAGUCUCCCUGCAGAGCAAUAAUAAUAAUAAUAAUAAUAAUAAUAAUAAUAAUAAUAAUACUUCAAUAACGAUGGCUUGUUUCAGUCUUUCUGCCCCCACAGUGUAAUUGCGGAACAUGUGCAAAACAAAAAUGGUGCUAUAUGAAGCUAAUGACCGAAUCGAUCAAACAAUAAAUACCGUGAAUACAUUUCUUGCAGAAGGACUGAGAUGCCACAGAACCAACUCGGGCCUCGCUGUGGUUUACACUGUUGAACAGUUCUGCCUCUGGAGAGCUAGAAACACAUUGGCUGGGUUAGAAAACUCAAAACUACUGCGAAACACACACACUGCCAACCCCAAACCCGAGUCCUGCAGCUGCUGCACCCCCCUCCCCUCGCCCUCGAUCUAAAACACAUGGCGUCCGUGUGAUUGCUUUUACUCCCGUUCCUUCUAACUGAAUAAUAAUGUUGUUAUUGUAACAGGGAAUUGGUUAGCAGCUAGAUUCGAAAGACACGUGUUGUGACUUGGAGACUUCCGAAGGUGCGGGAAAAAAAAAAAAAAAGUCACCACUAUUUCCUUUUAAGGUGCUUUUGCUUUCCUUUAAUCCACAAGGGAGCGAGUGCUCGGUUUUAAAAGAGCAUGUCACAGCGCUUCUCUUAAAGGGACGCUCUUCAUAUUGUUAGCCUGGCCUGCGGAUGUGAAGAUUGAGAGUUUUAUCCCGCAAGACCCUCACAGGGCCUGUACACCGAGCGUUCCUCCAGACAGGAGCUGCUCUGAUGUUCCGUUAGGUGCACCUGUUACCUUUAGGCCCACAGCUGUUCGGGCGUGUGGGGUUGUGGGAUUGGCUGUUCAGAGAGCUGGGAGAAGAAGAUGAAGAAGAAAGCUUGACUCUGAGCCAUUUUUGUUUUAUUAAAACAUUUUUUGUUUACAAUUUUCAUUCAUAAAGCCGUGGAAACGCAAUUAAAAUGAAGCUGCUGUGCUUCCUCUUGAACUGCAGAAGACCUGCAUGGCUGGAGUCGGAUUGAAUGGCGCCACAGCGCAGGGGAAUACAGCAGCGCUCCAUUUAUUCAUUGAAUCUCCUCCUUGGUCGAACAAAGCCAUCGCCUCCCGUUGGGACAAUCAGCAGCGACCGGCGACGACGUUUGGUUUCGUUUUUUUGUUCUUCUACUCCUGUGUGUUAAAGAUGUUAGGAUGACGUUGUGUUUACAGUGAGCCGAGGCGUUUGAAACGCCACGUGUGUGAAAUACGUAGGACGACUUGAUAAUGCAUCACUGUUUUAAUAAAGGCUGUGGGUGCUGUUUCUUAAAUAAAAAAUAAAAAAAAAAUACUUUUUUUGCCCCCUUUCUCUGGGGUGUGAUCUGUGUGUGUGUGUGUGUGUGUGUUGGAUAAGACUGCGUUUUUUUCUGUGGAAUUGUAUGUGUGGAAGUAAACUGAAAUAAACACAUUUUAAAAAUUGGUAACAGCACCUCUUUACUGUUUGUUGUAUUAGGUAGAAGUUAAGAGUGCCAGUAGAUUUUGCCCUAAAAUAUGAAGUCAGUAUCUAAGAGGGUUAAUGACAUAGGAGCUGUGGAUUCUUAUAACUUCAUUUGAAGUGUUUUUUUUUUUAAAUCUUCCAAAAGGGUUGCAUGCCUGUGCCCAGAGAUCGGGGAAAACUACUCAAAAACUGAGAACUACUCAAAAGGUUAGUAAAUCUUUCCUGUGUCGCAUAACAGAGAUCCGUCGGACUACAGCAGCAGAGCAAUUUGCAAAAAAAUUAAAAUCCACGUGAUUUACAACAAAGAGCAGUUACGGAAAUCCAUUUCGGAAGCAUUUUAAUAUCUGCAAAGCAGCUGAAACGCUGUCUAAGUCGAGAGCGUUCACAGAGGGACCCGCGCUUCAAGGACUAUCACUGUUCGGCUUGAAUUCGUUGUAACAGUGUGUGCUUCCUGUAACGCAGGUAUACAUCGCUGAAUAAUACAGCUGAGUGAAAAGACAGUAGCUUAAAACCUCCAGAGUCUUCGGACCCAGGAUUUGGCUCCAGUGUGCAUUUUAAAAGGGUUAUUUAAACUGCAUAUUGUCCGUGCGCUCUGGAGACCCACACUGUGCAGCCUACGGCAGCAGAAAGGCGCAAUACAUCAAACUAAAGAUCACACACAAAGCGCACUCCCCCAGCCC